CUGACCUUCCAUUCUGCAUCUCAAACAGCACAGAAAUACCCUUCUGGAAUACUAAGAUUGAAGUCUCCAUUCUUCACCUGUUCGAAGUUUUCUCUCUUAUUACUCAGUGAAUAACCAUGAUCAGUCCCAAGAAACUCAUGAAGAUGGCAAGGAAGUGGCAGAAGGUAGCUGCCAUGAAGAGGAAGAGAAUUUCUAUACCAAGAGUUGAUCUGGUUUUGGAUGCUGACUGUUGUAGUACAUCAGCAGUGGCAGAUAAGGGCCGUUUUGUUGUUUACAGCUCUGAUAGGAGACACUUUGUGAUUCCUUUGGCUUAUCUCAACAAUGAAAUCUUCACAGAGCUUUUGAAAAUGUCUGAGGAGGAGUUUGGGAUACAAAGUGAGGGCCCCAUCAUAUUGCCUUGUGAUUCAGUCUUUAUGGACUAUGCAAUCUCAUUCAUCCAACGUGGUGUAGCAAAAGAUUUGGAGAGAGCUUUGAUCAUGUCUAUAGGUUCAAGUAACUGCUCAUCCUCUGCAUACUUCCAUCAAGGACAGAGCAAUGAGCCAUUACUACUACAUGCCUUCUGAAGAAAUCAUACUUUUUUUUUUUUAUGUAAAUGAUCGACACAAGUUUAUUUUGAUAAUAUACAUAUAAUGAGAAUUUCCAAGGCAUUUUCUUCA